AUGGAAAAUUUAAAGACAAAACUUAAAAAAAGCUCAUCUCAACUUGCUCAAGAAUUAUAUCUUGAAUUGGAUAGUAUGUCCAUUUCUAACUUAACAUGGCAGGACCCAAUUGCCAAAGUUCCAGACAAAAUUCGAAGAAAAUGUGUAGAGUUUACAGAAAAUUUUAAUUCUGAGGAUGUUAAUAUUUUACCGCAAAAACUCACAUAUAAUGGUACUUGGAAAGAAUCAAAUGAGGAUCUUGUAGAAACUACGAUAGAAAUCCUCAAUGUAAU